AUGACUUCUUUAAAAAGUUCGAAAUCACCGAUGCGGAUGCUGCGAUCUCUAAAAGCGUUAGUUACAAUGGCUGGUCCAGAUAUUAUUUGCGUAGGUGCUGGGAAAGAGUCUCAAGAAGUUCUAAAGAGAAUAGAAAGAGAAGCAACGUACACUUACCAAACGUUAACCGUGCCUGAGGACGACGCAGCCAACGUGCUCUACGUGAAAGGUACCCUGAUUCAUCGAUCAGAAGAGGAGAUCCCACAGUCUAGCAAAGUUUUCGCAGAGAAAAUCGAAUUUCCUACCAGAUCUUUGUGCAUGUCCGAAUUAGCGAAAGUCAGUUCUGGCCUGACUUCUUGUUGCUUGUUGGUGCGUAGACCGCGACAUAUUCGCAAUAUUUAAAUCAGCAGAUGGCGUGACUAGCAAGAUUAAAUUGCCAGAAUCGUGAAAAGAACAGUUCAAGUAUUUCUGUUUAGAAAUAUUAUCGAGAUGCUGUGGAAGAAACUGUAACAUUGCAAAUAAUGCAAUUCUUUAUUCGAGUCUCUUAUUUCGGGUUAAGGAAUACAGCUUGAAAUACGAGACUCAAAUUGUCUCUUGCGAACUGAGACUGUGCACUGAUAUUCAUAAAUUAAGGCUUUAAAGUGACUCGUAUUUAAAUCGAGUCUCUUAAGCCAUUAAUCUUCAUCUUCUAUCUGUAGAUUAUUAUUAGACUGCGGAUCUUCAUAUAAACUAAGAUUUAUAAUACAAGUUUAAAAGACCUGUUUCAGAUGAGCAUUUAUUUAAUCGUUUAAGCAUUGAAAUGUGCAUUUAGCUUUGGAUAUUCUGUACUGUCUUAUACAUUACAUGCUGCAUUUAUCAUUUGUGCACAUUGCAUUUUCAUAUAAUUGUAUAAAAUCCGCUGUCUAAUUAUCAAAUGAAAAGUUUAAGUAUUUCUAAUUGCUGUGCAAGAAUCUAUCACAUUGCACAGUCUGCAGUUGUUUACUCGAGUCGCUUAUUUCGGGUUCAGGAAUACAGCUUGAAAUAUGAGACUCAAAUUGUCUCUUAUGAGCAGAGCAAUAAGGCAAGAGUGACUCGUAUUAAUGUUAAAUUCGAGACUCUCAAGUAACUAUUCUGGUUUCGAAUCCCAUUUUUUGGUAAUUUUUUAAGAUAAUUAAUCUUUAGAUCGCCAAAAAGCCGAAUUAUCGACUUUAUACUCUAUUUCACGAGUGACUAGGAGUCGACACGGUUCAGUUUUUGGCAUUAGUGAGGAAAACAGUUGAAUCCAGAGUGGGACUUAAAAGCUACAAAGAGGAAGCUUGCAACCCCUGGUCUGAAUNAA